AUGGCUUUCCGUCGCGAUCCUGGGCCCGGGAGGGCUGGGCACCUCAGCCCACGGCCGGCCAGGCCGUACGCUUCUUCGGCGUCAAGGCACGGCACCGAGGCUGCGUCUACGUCCCGCGGAAGGUGGCACGCAACACCCUUGGCAAGGCGAGACGGAACCAUUCAGACGAGACGCUGUUGUUGCCACCAUUUGUGUCUGCAACGGAGCUGCGCAUCCUCUUCAGGUUGGACUAUUCCAACACAAUGCGCAUGCUGGGAGUUCGCUCGAUGGACAAGAAAUAUUUCUGGAAGGCUCUUUGCGUGCGACUGGUGUCUUCUUCCAUUGUACCUUCAACAUCAGUCAUGUUUUGCAUAG